UACAUUAGUUGCAUUUCAAGCGUUGAUUUGUGUGGUGGAGUUUUGAUGUGAAAUAUUAUAGUUUGUUUAGCCCGCGCCCCGCCUGCUAUAUUUUUAAUUUCACAUCCGUUCAUGCGUUUAUCUCCUACCGUAAUCAAUUUGUUUAUAUAUUUAUUACGAUAUAAUUUUAUACUAUGUUUAAUAAUAUAAAUAUGUAUUGAAGUGAUGUGAAUGUUAUUGUUUUGAAAAUGUGGUGGCUUUUGAGAAUAUUAUUAAUAGUUCGGUUUCAUUGAUAACGCUAGUGAAAUAAAUUAUCUCACAUAAAUUGAAUUUUAUCAUGUUGCUGAAACAAGACUGGGGUAGUGCGAUUGCACUAGGAUUAGGUCUAGCUGCAGUAGCUGGAAAAUCAGUUCGUGGACUUACUUGUUAUUGUGAACAUCAAUGUCCAAAUGGUCAACCAAAUGGUACUUGUAUUACUUCACGUCACUCACAAUGUUUUAGUGCUAUUCAAGAAGAAUAUAAUGAAGAAACUGGUGAAUAUGAACCAGUAGCUUCCUAUGGCUGUCUAGCAGCUGGCGAGCAAGGGUUUUUACAAUGUAAAGGUGGAAAUUCUUUGUAUGGUUUAGCAAUUCAGUGUUGCAACACUGAUAUGUGUAAUAAAGAAAUUCACCCUAUUUAUACACCUCACACAACAACUACUCCACCUCCUAAAAUUCAAAUUAAUUCAGUGCCAUAUAUAGCAUUUAUGUUAUCUAUGAUAACGUGUUUACUGAUUUCUGCAAUAGUCAUUGGUUGGUUUUAUAUAAGAUAUAGAAGAAGGGAAAAAAAUAGACUGUAUGCACUGGCAUCAACUGAUAGCUAUAUUUCUGGAAACAGCAAUUUGUUGCAAACCCUUAUUGGACACUCAUCAGGAUCGGGUUCUGGAAUCCCACUAUUAGUACAAAGAACUAUUGCCAAGCAAAUUAGAAUAGAAUGUCAAAUUGGUGAAGGUCGAUUUGGCAAAGUUUGUUUAGCAAAUUGGCGUGGUGAACAUGUAGCUGUAAAAAUUUUUACUACGAUAAAUGAUCAAAGCUGGCUUCGUGAAACUGAAAUUUAUCAAACUGUUUUAUUAAGACAUGAAAAUAUUUUAGGUUUCAUUGCUGCUGAUUUAAAAGUUAGUGCUGGAGGUGCUCAAAUGAUGUUAAUAACAGAAUAUCAUAAACGAGGUUCAUUGCAUGAUUAUUUAAAAGAAAAUACUAUUGAUGCUGCUCAACUUAUUAUAAUGGCACGUUCUAUCGCAAGUGGCUUGGCUCAUUUACAUGAACCUAUAAAUGGUACUCACGGAAAACCAUGUAUUGCUCAUAGGGAUAUUAAGUCGAGAAAUAUAUUAGUUAAAGCUGAUGGUGAAUGCUGUAUUGCUGAUUUUGCUUUAGCUGUUCGAUAUGAUGGACGUAAAAAUGAAAUUGAUAUUGCUCCAAACUCAAGAGUUGGCACGAGACGUUAUAUGGCUCCUGAAGUUGUAAAUGACACAAUUGAUGUUACAUCUUUUAGUGCAUUUAAAGCAGCAGAUAUGUAUUCUACUAGUUUAGUGUUAUGGGAAUUAUGUAGAAGAUGUAGGCAAAGUUGGCCUGUAGGUGGAUCUCCUAUGCUUCAAGUAGAAGAUUAUAUAUUGCCUUACAGCAAUUUGGUUAGUCCAGAUCCUUCAAUAGAAGAUAUGCGACUUGUACUGAUAGUGCAAGGAGCGAGACCUGAUAUACCCAUGAGAUGGAGAUGUGAUCAUAGAUUAAGGGUAAUAUCUGAAAUUAUUCAAGAAUGUUGGCAUCAAAACCCUAGUGUUAGGUUACCAGCAUUAAGAGUUAUGAAAACAUUGCGAAAACUUGAAGAUAGUGAAACAUCAGAAAGUAGUAUCCAUCAUGUUUAAUAUAAGACAUUUUCAAAUCAAGACUUAGGUUGAUGUAUAUAUUUUUUAAAGACUGUGUAGAUACAAUUAAUUUUAAAUACUAUUUGUAAAAACAUACAAGUUGUUUAUUUUUAGUUCUACUUAACUUCUAAUGUAACAAUGUGCCAUAAACAUUAUUACAGUGCUAUUAAGACAACAUUUUAUAACUCCUUAAUAUAAACCUAUUAAUGGUAUUUUUCUUGUAUUCAAUAAAAUUUGAAAUAUGUAACUGUUCUAAACUAAAUUAAACAUUUAUGCUAAUAAUUUUAUUAUUUAUUUAUUUUUACCAUUCAAAUAAAAUAGUGUUAUAUAAUACCUUCAUUUUCAAACUUUUUUUUUUUUUUUUGAAAUAAAGAGAAAUCUUUUAGGCUUGUUAAUUGAUCAAGUGUAAAAAAUCUUUUUUUAAUAGUAUUGCUCUCUUGUUAAUAAUUUAUAAUUCAUAUAACUUAUGUUCAUGUGUAUUAAAUAGUGUCAUAAAUAAAAUAGCUAAUAUUGAUUGUUAUUUGAUUAAUUUAUAAUAUUUUGUUUUUUUUAUGUGUCUUAGACUAUUAGUCAAGUCCCAAAGUUGUAUGUAUUGUGUAUAAUGUAAACAAAUUAAAAUAAAAAUAUGGAAUUUUUUUUUAAGUUCGUAUUACAAUCCUAUGACUAAAUACUUGAGUGUAUAGUUAAUUAUUUUUAUAUAAGCCUCCUGAAUAUUGCUAUACACUUAAAUGUCUAUAUAUUUAUAUAUGAAUGUGAUUAUGUAUAAUAUUCAAAUAUAAACUAUAUUAUUUAUAAACUUUUAAAAG